AUGCACACGACGCGCGAGGCACAGUACGCUAGCCGCACGGGAGCGGCGGGCGCAUGGGAAUGGGGCGCGGCACUCGGCUUGUCACAUGUACCUGGGGACGACAGGAAUGAUGGUCAGAAUACGGCGCCUGCUUGUAGGCUCCGUCGACUAGUCCUCAAAUUACAAGGAAAUGGGGACGCGCAGCCACGAAAACAGCUGACGUUAAGAUCAACCGCCAGUUUUAAUAUCUCGGCAUUCAAUAAUGGGUCGGAUCUUCGAUUGACGUUUCCCGAUAUCGACAGCAGUAAAACGUCUCUGAAUAGAUCAAAGCGUUAUUUGGCAGCGUCACGCGACACG